AGUAGCCAAUGCUUGGGAGAAACGACAACUUGUCAUCGCGAUAUCCUGUCCAGAUUGUCGUGCAUUCACGGAUGAAAUUGGUGAUUACUUCUAUUGGCUGUUUGCUUUUACCUACCAGCAUGCGAUUCCCUUCUGUCAGAUCACUCCCGAACACCGACACGCGCCUAUGAAGCGUUGGACAUUUUUAAGGACUGAAGAUGUGGAGAGAUCGCACUAAUCUGUACAUCUCCUACCGGCAGUCCUACACACACCAUCCGGCCAAGAGGUCCAGGUACCCGGCGACCUCCAAUGGCUUCGCCGACCAAGGUUCCGAAGAGACCAGAGGUCUUAUGUCCGCUGGCGCAUUCGACAAUGACGGAGAUGCUGUAAUCGAGAUGGAUCUGUUGCCGCCUCGGUGGAUCGACGUGCAAGAUGAAGUCUCGGACAUUCUUAAAGAUAUCACCCUCAAAGCCGCCAAGCUGGACAAGCUUCAUUCCAAACACGUUCUCCCCGGGUUCGACGAUGAGUCUAUCAAGCAGCAGGAAGAGCGGGAGAUCGAGAGUCUGACGACCGAGAUCACAAGAGGCUUUCAAGAAUGCCAGAAGGCAAUCAAGCGUAUCGAGAAGAUGGUCGGGGAGGCAAGGCAGACAGGAAAUCUACAAAAGGGAGACGAGGUCAUGGCCCAGAACAUACAAACUGCACUGGCGUCCAGAGUUCAAGAAGUCAGCGCGACUUUCAGAAAGAAGCAGAGCAGUUAUUUGAACAAACUUCGUGCGCUUGGGGGCUUCGAAUCACCGAUCGGGCGGUCAGCAACUCCUGUACAGAACCCUUAUACAGAUCCAGCUCUUAUGGAGUCCGAAGUGGACAAACGGCUCAGUCAAUCGACGCUCCAACAGACAGCACAGAAGCGCUUGGGAAGGAAUGAUACUGCCAUCGCCCAAAGAGAACAAGAAAUCAAUGACAUUGCAAAGGGUAUCAUUGAACUGGCCGACAUUUUCCGCGACCUCCAAACCAUGGUAAUCGACCAGGGAACGAUGCUGGACCGGAUCGACUACAAUGUGGAGCGCAUGGCGGUCGAUGUCAAGGGGGCCGAGAAAGAGCUCACAGUUGCCACCAACUAUCAACGCCGCAACACAAAACGGAAGAUACUGCUGUUGCUUUUACUUCUCGUUGUCGGCAUGUUCGUCCUACUGUUGAUCAAACCGAAGAAGCGAUCAUCUAAUUCACCUCCCACUCCUCCGCCACAGCCAGAAAAUCCUCCUUGAAGGGUUCAAUGAGACAUGUCAAAUGCAAGGUUAUCCUUUGGUAACAUGCUGAGGCUCACACCGUCCAGGCCGUACAUUUGCCCACUGCCUCGGUAUUGAGGAGGUUGUUCCUGUAUUCAAUCUCUGAGCGACCUGCAGGACAGUUCAAGGACAAAUUCAAUCUGAAAAGGAAAUACAAUGGCCAUCAGGAUCUGCUUCGAUAUGUGUCGAAUGAAAAUGACACACGUUCUGUCGGUCUGUUGGCAAUGAAGACCUCAGCUGAAUAUUGGACGGAGAUAACGCUUGGGAACACAAUCUUGGACACGAUCUGUCGAACUUCUAACUAAGAAUGUCCUCUCGGAAAGUUCACACAUCGUGGCAAUCUAAGGCUCGAGCAUCAGAGGAGUCAUGCAUACAGCACAUGGUCGCAACCUGAGCCCUGAAAGAUGACGAGGAAACGGCUCGCUCCAGCAAAUGGAAGAUGCGUCAGUCAAUUCUGGCAAGGCUACGACUGGCCUUGGCCCCCCUUUCCUAAAAGUGCCCUCGACAUGCGCAUCGGGAGACGACCGGCGAUUCUUGAUCCACCGUCCCUUGAACGCGACAGGCAUACGCAGACACAAAAUACCCAAAGUCUUGCGAGGCUAUCUUCAAAGUGUACUGUUUGGCGAGACUCCACCUUUACGAGGGGAAGGUUUAUUUUUCUUGGGGGGCAGAUUCGAGCAGCGAUCGAGGACGAAGGCGACGAAAAAAAGGCGAUGGGCGCAUUGUCGCCUCCUGACAGGCAGCCAUCACUCAACACGGUGAAACCAUGUAGGCUACCUAACUACGUUUUCUUUUUUUCGUAGACCGUACCCUUGUACUUGAUACUUGGUACUUGGUGACUCUGCGCACUCUCCACGUUCUAGAUAGACGUGUAUCAACGGGACUUGAUUCUUUCCUUUGUGCAUGACAAAAGAAAAUUGUCAACCAAAUGAAAUAUAUCUCUGCUCCCAUGUGAGUGCAAGGUGCAAGGUCAACUAUCCUACUGUCUCGCCGUUGUGGUUGUGGUUGUGGCUGUGGCACAAUACAUUGGCUAAAGGAUUAGACAUACUGAAACUUCAAAACUUUCGUCGGCUUCUCAGAGGAUCAAACUCUGUAAUAGUCAUUGCUAUUGUCAAACGCUAGGUACGUACCGAAAAGAAGACCCGCCAAAAUAUAUAAUGGUAUCAACAUAUCAAGAAUCGGAAAA